AAGGUCUUGCUCUUACCCAGGAUGGAACCCCAGGAAACCAGGUCCUGGCAGUCCCUCUUGAGGUGCCCGAGGCCCAGGAUUUGGUGCCAUUUGAUGUGGCAUGGCACUUCACAAAAAGGGAGUGGUUGAGUCUGAACCCUGAACAGAGGAUGCUGGCAUAUUACGGGAAUGUGACCUCCAUUGCAGGAGUUCCUGUGUUGAAUCCUACCUUGGUCUCACACCUGGCACAAGGACAAGUACUGCUGGUCUCAGAUUCAUCCCUCGGCACAGGUCAAGCUAAACAUUCCGAAAGCACCUCUGUGACCCACCAGCUGACAAUGGGAAAAGAAGGCCAGCCUCAGGAGACGGCCUCCACGAGCUACCCCAGGACCAGUGACCCCGGUGCUGAGGUCAAACAGAAUGGGGACUUGGAUGGGAGGGAAGGGAGCCCACCAAAUCUACCCAUAGAGCACCAUUUUGCAUGUAAAGAGUGCGGGGACACCUUCCGGCUUAAAGUGCUCCUUGUUCAGCACCAGAGUGUGCACAGUGAAGAGAAGGGCUGGGACUGUGGUGAUUGUGGGGAAGUCUUCAGGAAGGUGUCAGAAUUUAAUGAGCACAGGAAAAGCCACGUAGCCAGCCAGCCUCGACCUGGCCCCAGUCAGGCCCUGGAAGAUGUCAUUGAAAAGAGGGAGCAAAUGGAGAGAGAGGCCAAGCCCUUUGCAUGUGAGGAAUGUGGGAAAAGGUUUAAGAAGAAUGCAGGCCUCAGUCAGCACUUGAGAGUGCACAGCAGAGAGAAGCCCUUUGACUGCGAGGAGUGUGGCCAGUCCUUCAAAGCCAACACGCACCUCUUUCAACACCAGAAGCUUCACACUUUGGAAAAGCCCUUUGCCUGCAAGGCAUGCAGCCGAGAUUUCUUGGAUCGUCAGGAACUUCUCAAGCACCAGCGGAUGCACACAGGCCACCUGCCCUUUGACUGCGAUGACUGUGGCAAGUCCUUCCGGGGCAUCAAUGGCCUGGCCGAGCACCAGCGCAUCCACAGCGGGGCCAAGCCCUAUGGAUGCCCGCACUGUGGCAAGCUCUUCCGGAGGAGCUCGGAGCUCACCAAGCACCGGCGUAUCCACACAGGUGAGAAGCCCUAUGAGUGCAGCGAGUGUGGCAAAGCCUUCCGGCAGAGCUCCAGCCUUCUGGAGCACACUCGCAUCCACAGUGGAGAGCGCCCUUACGUGUGUGGCGAGUGUGGCAAAGCCUUCCGGGGGCCCUCCGACCUCAUCAAGCAUCGGCGCAUCCACAGUGGACUGAAACCCUAUGAGUGUGACAAGUGUGGCAAGGCUUUCCGGAGGAGCUCGGGCCUGAGUCGCCACCGGCGGAUCCACAGUGGGACCAGACGCUGCGAAUGCAGUAAGUGUGGCCGUGUGUUCAAGAGGCGCUCGGCCCUGCAGAAGCAUCAGCCCAGCCACCAAGAGUAGACAUGCCCGCACUGUGAGAGGAACACCUCUGGUUCCUAGAGGCCAUGGCAGAGUCAAAGGAGAUGAACUGUUUUGUACCGCUUAACUCUUUUAGUGUCAGAGAGGUUGAGCCAGCUUAUACUGCCACCAGCAAUUCCUAAGUGUACACAUUUCCAUUCUGCUCAUCAAGAGAAGCUUUGCCGUUUUUACUUAGCUUGGCUUGUUCACCUGGCAGAAAGUACUGUCAAGGUGCUGUAAUCGUCAUGUCCUGAAUGAGAAGGGAGAUCUGGAUGUAGGAGCAGGGAAGGACUGGAAGUGAUCUGUUCCAAGCUCUGCCCCUGACAGAAACAAACACAGGUGCCUGACCAUGGUAUCAAUCUGAUGUGAUCCCACCCUUCUCUAAGAGAAGCUUGCCCCCAACGCUUUUUGGCCUACUUGAGUUUAUACAUUUUUAGGGAUGUAAACAGAGCACUCAAAAAUCUUAAUAUUUAAUUUAUUAACUUACUUAUACAUACAAUACCUAUUGUAAAUCACAUCCUAUAUAGAAUAAUAUAUUAAUUCAGAGAAUACUCCUUUUUACCAUGCUAAU